UUUUAAACGAUUAUCUUUGUUUAUUUUAAGAUUAAACAAUUGUCCAAAUUAACAAACACUCAAAUGCAGCUAACAUACAAAACAGAGUCGGGACGGCAAGGGUGUUUGAGAACUGACAACUGGGAGGAUAGUAUUGACAACACAGAUGUAUCCAAGGAUGUGAAUACUCCUUCAACAUCUCAUGCAGAUAUUGAUUUUUUGGUGUAUCCUGACCCACCACAAUCUAACACCAGCAAAGAUGAUGAUGCUAGUGCAGAAGAGGAGAAUUGUAAAGUCUGUGGAAAAGAAAAUAUGAGAAAGGGGAAGAAAGACAUCUGGGUAAACUGCGAGUUUGAAUCGUGUACUUACUGGUGCCAUUCCAUUUGUACCGGGUUUGUUGUCAAAAAAGAAAGUGACUUAGAUAAAGUGAAAUUUUAUUGUCCUCAACAUAUAAAAUCAUUUAAGAAAAUUUAAUAUGUAAAUGUUUAAUGCAAGAAUAA